ACCCAGAUACACGGUCACUUCAGCUAACCGCGUUAGCGACGCUAGCAGGCUCGAGUUGCUAGCUGGUGUUAGCCACACGGCUAACAUCCCGAAACAUUAACCGGCGUGUUUGUAUUUAUCGUUAAUGACUCGCUAACGGUCUCAAUCACAAGCGUGUCGGUGUUGAAUGCUUUAACUUCAACCAGAGGAAAGUGGUGAAUAGUUCUCAGGUUUUAACUUGUUGUGUUUGUGAAGAAGCAGCCGGUCAAAGUUUGUUGGGUCCCUGCCUCCGUGGCUGUGGGUCACACACUGGGAGUAGCGGCACGAGCCGUGGAAUAAGAAAGACGCCAUUAUUAACUAAUAUCGCAAUGAGGUCAAGUUACUGCCUUGGCCUUCGAUUUAAGCGUAACUCAUCCCGUUGGGAAACUUGAGCUGCUGUAAUGGAGAGAACUAGGGAGGAGACUGGUUGAGACAUAGACCAGUUCUUCGUGUGGGGACAGAGACAGACGCAGGGCUGCUGGGACCUGGAGUUCUUAAUGGGAUGCGUGAGAAGGAGAAAGGGGCCGGAUGGGAACAGCGUGUUCAGUUUGUUUAGUAAACUCUCUGCCCGGAAGAAAAAACAAGGCGGGGAACGUCACUGGUCAAAGCCUGAGGUCAAAGCCUGAGUUGCACGCACCCUGGAGAUAAGAGGAGGGGGCUGAAUUGUAGAUCAUUGAUGUGGGACGGAGACGCAGGAACGAGGAGUUCAUUAUGCGAUGCGAUCAGAGGAGAGCGGCACCAUGGUCACAGCGGGUUCAGGGGAGAAGAGGCGAAGGAAGGGCCAUGAUAGUCAUCAGCCCAAGUCUACGCCUGAUGUCGAGAAUGAAGACAACUCUUCCAUGACCUCCUUCGGUGUUGCCGUCCGAGGCCUCCCUCUGGCCUUGGCGUCCAUGACACAAGCUGCCACCUCUGACUCACGCUUUCACCCAAAAUGGCGGGCGAUCACUGUGGUGACCCUGCUGGGAUUAGUGCUCAUAUUGUAUCUGCACCUGACGGUAGGCGACAGAGACACUCCUACCAGAGGUUACUAUCGCAACAGGGCUCACAAUUUGGAACUGUACAGAGAGGGUCAGGAUGACAUCUUCAGGGACGCUAACGGACAAACUGGCCGUAGCCUUGAUGGCCGUCAGAAAAGGGAAAAGCCUUACAAUGACACUUAUCCUUUAAGUCCACCCGAGAAGACAAGGAAAGGCACCCGGUAUCGCAUAGGUGUGAUCGCAGACCUGGACACAGCAUCACGUAGCUCUAAGGCUCAGACGUGGUUCAGCUACAUGAAAAGAGGAUAUCUGACAGUUUCAGAGAGCGCAGACAGACUGCAGGUGGAGUGGGACGCCGAGACCGUCACCCUGGAGAGUCAUCUGGCUGAGAAAGGUCGAGGAAUGGAGCUGUCAGAGCUUGUGGCAUUUAACGGGCAUCUGUACACUGUAGAUGACCGUACAGGUGUGGUGUACAGGAUCGAGGGAAACCAGGCUAUUCCCUGGGUAAUAUUAACUGACGGCGAUGGGUCAGUGUCCAAAGGGUUCAAAGCAGAAUGGCUGGCAGUGAAGGACGAGCACCUGUACGUUGGUGGCCUGGGGAAAGAGUGGACCACGACCACUGGAGUAGUUGUCAACAACAACCCAGAGUGGGUGAAAGUUGUUGGGUACCAUGGCGACGUGGAGCAUCAGAAUUGGGUACCACACUACAAUGCCCUGCGGAGUGCAGCAGGGAUCCAACCACCAGGCUACCUUAUCCACGAAUCCGCAUCGUGGAGCGAGCGUCUCCAGCGCUGGUUCUUCCUCCCUCGCCGUGCCAGCCACGAGCACUACGACGAGGUCGCAGACGAGCGGCGUGCCACCAACCUCCUGCUCUCCUGCCCUGCAGACUUCAGCUACAUGAGCGUACGGCACGUCGGACCGCUCAACCCCACCCACGGCUUCUCCUCCUUUAAAUUUGUUCCAGACACGGACGAUCAGAUCAUUCUGGCCCUAAAGUCAGAGGAGGAUGCGGGCAGGAUCGCCACCUACAUCAUCGCGCUCACUCUUGACGGUCGUGUGCUGAUGCCCGAGACAAAGAUCGGGGACGUGAAGUAUGAAGGGCUAGAGUUUAUUUAAAAGCGAUUGGGCUGAAGGUGCACAUGUUCCUGUAGGCAAACGCUGCAGUGGUCCUUCAUGUCUCAGAGGAUAAAGAACUGAACUAUUUAUAUGCAACACUGUUGUUUUAAGUUUUAAGUAUACAUUCUCAUCUCUGUUCUACUGUGCAAUGCUUUAUGACACAAACUUUUAUAUUUCAUAAUUAUAUUAAGAUGACUGAGAGCCGCAACAGAAGAUAGAAGUGCAGGAGAGAGCCACGCAGCAAGGGGAGAACAAAUAAGUCUUAUCAGCUGCAGACCUGUAUGUGACUGUCAGCCCACACCAGUCACCACCAAAUAUGAUUUUAAACUAACUUAAGUCAAAAUUAUUGAAGCCUAUUUCUGCCACUUAGUUGAAAAAAAUCAUAUAAAUCAUUAGAACAAGAAUCCUUCUCAAUAUAAUGACUUACUGUCUCAAAAUAACAAGUUUAUAUCCCAAAUGAAUGAGUGACCCAUGAUUUCACCUUACGGUUUUAUAUUUUCUUCUUUUUAAUCUCAUUUGGUUUAGCAUCUUUUUUGUUUCACUGGUGGAUAUUGGCUUCCUUAUAAAAGAAUACAGUCUCAACAUGGAGUUCCGCAGGACUCGCACACAUUCCAUAUGUUAAUGCUUGAUGGUGGGUGUGCCCAAUAUUGUCGACAGCAUUUUAACAAUAACAAUCGCAAUUUCAUUCUUGAGACACACAACAUAGUUAGCUUUCAUGCUAACAUGCUAUGCUAGUUAUCAAUACAAUAGUAAUGAGAAGUAAGUGGUGAAUAAAAUCCACAACCAGAUGAACGUACACCAGGGUCACCAGCGGCCUCUGCCUCCUCUUUGAAUUAACAUUAACAUACAAACGGUAUUAAAGGGAUAUGAUUGGCUGGUGCCUUCACUGCCACAUAAAAAGUUUAGGGCUCCACAACCACACAGCACAAUGAACAUGCAGCAACAAAACCACAAUGCAGAUCGCCAACGAGGGCCCCACCCACAGCAUUUCCAUUAAAUAUUUCAACACAUACAUGUGAGUCCUGCAUUAGACCUCCUGGUUUAAUGAGACACCUCUGACAUAGAUAUACACCAGGUCGAUGUGGACCUCCUCGACUGCAGCUGAACUCUGCUGGUGGUUACACUCAGGGGAACGAGGUGAAACCGCAUGUUCCAAACCAAAUAGAAAUGAAUGUCCUUAAAUGACUUGAAAUAUUGAGCUGAUUUGUUGCUUUUGGAUUUUACUUUGACCUUUUAAGACACUGAUGUUUCUCUUAUUAAUUUUGUAUUGAGUUAUAUAUUAAUGGGUACAGCCAUUAUCAUUUUUAUUAUAGCAACCUCUGCGCUGUUAAACAUGAUACAUUAUUCUGGGCAGGUCCUGCCCAAUUGUUCACUCACAUUUUAAUAAACUGAAUAUUAUCAGCUUUUCAAACCAGUAGACGGAAAAACCAGCGACUAUAUACAAAGAUAAACUAUUAAUAUAUUCAUUUUGUAUCAUCUGAAAAUACGUAUUAAAAUGUCUUCUUUUCUUUAA